UCUUGAUUAAUGCCCUUUAUAUACAUUGCAUGCAACACUUCCUUCCCACUCACUCUCAUCACUGAGCUCUCUUACUCUUAGUCCUGAUUAUAUCUUCGGUUGCUGAUUUUUCUCUUGAAAAAGAAAACCAAGACAAGAAAUGGAGAGGAAGAGAAGCAAACUGCAGGCUUCUCUGCUACUGUGGGCAACAGUGGCAGUUUUGCUUUCUCAAAACUUGCUCGUUUCUGCCAUUUCUGCAGCCACAGUUGAAGAUCAGAAGAACUACUAUCCUCCUGAUCCAAAUGCAGGAACUCCCCAUACAGGUUCACCAAGUCACAAUCCACCACACAGUUCAGGAGGUGGACAUGGAUCAACACCCUCACAUGGAGGUGGAGGUGGAGGUGGAAGCUAUGGAACACCUUCACAUGGAGGACAUGGAGGCGGAAGCUAUGGAACACCUUCACAUGGAGGUGGAAGCUAUGGAACGCCACCAGCAAACUGUGGUACACCACCAAGUGAAGGCCCUGCUACUCCUACCCCAUCCACUCCCUCAGGAGGUGGAGGAUCCUACCAACCUCCUCCCACUACGCCUUCAACACCAACCCCUAUUGUAAACCCUCCUAUCGUAAACCCACCUACCAUUGUUAGCCCACCGACAACUCCAGGCAUCGACCCUGGCACCCCAACCAUUCCUGGCGUCACUGUCCCUCCUGCACCUCCAUAUGGAUUUGAUCCUAACUCUCCCCCUUUCUCAUGCAACUACUGGAGGACUCACCCAACUUUGAUUUGGGGUCUGCUUGGCUGGUGGGGAACAGUUGGUCAAACCUUGGGCGCCACUAGCAUUCCUGGCUUUGGUUCAAACAUGAGUGUUCUGCAAGCUCUUUCAAACACCCGUACUGAUGGCUUUGGAGCUCUCUACAGGGAAGGCACAGCUUCUUUUCUCAACUCCAUGGUGCACAGGAAUUUCCCGUACACAACCCAACAGGUCAGAGACACGUUUGUUGGAGCACUGAGCUCAAACAAGGCAGCAGCACAUCAGGCACAGCUCUUCAAGCUAGCCAAUGAGGGUCGAGUGAAAGCUUAGAGCUUGAAAAUUUGUCAUUUGUUAAGCCGUAGUCACUUACUAUUUGCGUACAUUAUAUUGGUGGGCUCGUUAUGAUGUUUCUGUUCUCAUUAGUGUGUCUGAUUUGACGUAUGAAUUCUAUGUUUGUUUAGUUAUCAUCAAAGUUAAGGAUUUCUGUGUUUGAUUUGGUAUGAUGUUACAGAGUCAAGACGGGAUAGCAAGCACAUGUAGUUUUAUUUCAUACUAUUACGAAUAAACAUUGUGUAUUUGUCUGUGUA